AUGGUGCAUCAGUCACAACUCUACCAUGACGUGAAACAUUUCAUCAAAAACGACUCGAAUGCCUCGUUCCUCGCGGGAGGGAUAGCCGGGGCGGUGUCGCGGACAGUGGUGUCGCCGUUUGAGAGAGCCAAGAUCUUGCUACAGCUACAGGGGCCAGGCUCGCAGCAGGCGUAUCAUGGGAUGUUCCCCACGAUAGCGAGAAUGUACCGCGAAGAAGGCUGGAGAGGGUUGUUCCGGGGCAACACCUUGAACUGCAUUCGGAUAUUUCCCUACAGUGCGGUCCAGUUUGCCGUUUUUGAAAAAUGCAAGGAUAUCAUGUUGAAAUACCGAGCUCGACUGCAGUCUCAUUCACUUCAGCCUUCGGAGCCAUCCACUUCGCAGCAAUUGAAUGGCUACGAGCGGCUAUUUGCUGGCUCCCUCGCGGGCAUCGCGUCAGUGGCAGUGACGUAUCCGUUGGACUUGGUGCGUGCGAGGAUCACCGUGCAGACAGCCUCGUUGAAUCGGCUCAAGAAGGGGAAAUUGGCUAAAGCGCCCACAGUGUGGGUCACACUCAAAGACGUCUACAAACACGAAGGAGGCUUUUUGGCGCUUUAUCGAGGAAUCGUGCCCACCACGUUGGGGGUCGCGCCAUACGUCGCGAUAAAUUUCGCCUUGUAUGAGAAACUUCGCGAGUACAUGGACCAAUCCGCACGAGACUUUUCAAACCCGAUAUGGAAGCUUUCCGCUGGUGCGUUCAGUUCAUUCGUGGGCGGUGUUCUAAUCUACCCAUUGGACGUCUUGAGAAAGAGGUACCAAGUUGCCAGCAUGGCUGGAGGCGAGUUGGGGUUCCAGUACCGAUCCGUUGGCCAUGCUCUUUACUCAAUGUUUAAGCAUGAAGGUUUCUUUGGUGCAUACAAGGGUCUAACUGCUAACUUGUACAAGAUUGUCCCCUCCAUGGCUGUGAGUUGGCUCUGUUAUGACACCUUCCGCGAAUGGAUAAAGAAAUGGUGA